AUGGCCGAAGAAAAGAUGCAGUUAGAGGAUUGGUUGGACGAUCUAUGUGUCCGAUUUAUCAUCAACCUACCUGAAGAAGAUCUGUCGUCCGUUGCUCGCAUCUGCUUCCAAAUAGAGGAGGCACAAUGGUUCUACGAAGACUUCGUUCGACCCCUUGACCCUACGCUUCCCUCAAUGACACUUCGAAGUUUCAGCCUUCGCAUUUUCCAACAUUGCCCCUUGCUGGCUCCGUUUUCGGUCGAGAAUCAUACAAAGGCUUUUGAGGAGUUCCUGCAGUACAAGACUCGAGUCCCUGUGAGGGGAGCUAUCUUACUCAAUGAGGCUAUGGACUCGACAAUCUUAGUCAAAGGAUGGAAGAAGGGUGCCAACUGGAGUUUCCCUCGUGGAAAGAUCAACAAAGACGAAGACGACCUUGAAUGCGCCGUUCGUGAGGUAUACGAGGAGACCGGGUAUGAUUUGCACGCCGCUGGCCUGGUUCCCAUGAAUAGGGACGACGUCAAGUAUAUCGAGGUCACGAUGAGAGAGCAGCAGUUAAGACUUUACGUUUUCCGCGAUGUACCAAUGGACACCCACUUCCAGCCGCGGACGAGAAAGGAGAUCAGCAAGAUUCAGUGGUACAAACUAUCUGAGCUACCUGCCUUUCGGAAGAAAGGCAACCAGCCUCAAAACGAAGCCGCCGCCGCCGCGAAUGCGAACAAGUUCUAUAUGGUUGCACCCUUUCUGGUUCCUCUAAAGAAAUGGGUCGUGCAACAGAAGAGAAAGGAUGCUGUCAAGGCCGCCAACGAGGCGCACUUCAACCCGUACUCUCUCCAUGAGGAGCCUGUUACUGAAGACGAAGUCUGGCAAACCGAACCCGCGACUGAUGUAUCGACUCGGAUGCCAGGCCUCGAUACUCUGGAGGGUGCAACGCAGGAAUUGCAGCGUCUCUUGAAGGUUCAUCCGACGGCAGCACAAGCAAUUUCGAAACCAGCUUCUCCGGAUAUUGGCUCGGACAAGGGCGCAUCGCUGCUCGCUAUCCUACAAGCCAAUAAUCAAGCAGUCGCCCAAGGUGUUCCAGUUUCGCAGCUCCCUCACACACCCCUGGAUCAUACUAUAAGGCAAGCACCACAGCCUCAAAGCCCUCAUGGCCAACAUCAUCCUCAACAGCGGGCACCGCUGGCGAGGUAUCAAGCUCCUCCGGCCUUCCCCAUCGGGCCAGAUGGAACACCACAGGCGUGGGCGUUCCAUCAGCCUGGAGAUGCUAGCUCUGCUCAUUCUCAAGCCAGGCAGUACGAACCGUCAAUGAUGGGCGGCCCUGCUCAUCUGCCACAACCACCCCUGAGACACCCACAGCCAUUGCCGCCUCAAGCUCAACAGAUUCUACUGAACCGAAACGCGUUUGCCGACGGCACGCCCCCGCCGCCCCCUCAGCAUGCAGAAGGAACUGUCAACCAAUCCAUGGCGAAAGCCCAGUACCAAUCAGCUCACUUCCAGCAGCAAGGCCAGAGCAUGAUGUAUCAGUCCAAGCCGUCCAGCAGUCAGCUUUCUAACCACUCCAUGGCGCUACUAGGAGUUCUCAAAUCGGACACAAGGAUAGCUAGUCCAGACAAGGCUCGCCAAGCAAAUCAGCAGCCUUACGGAUCCGCGCCGUCGGGGCAGAGACAGUCCCCAGUCGAGGUUCAUGGACACGGAGCUGCUCGGGUGUAUCCUCAACCACCUAGCAUGCCCGUCCCUGGAGCAGGCGCAGCACACCCCCAGACAAGUCCAGCCAUGAGAGCCCAGCAGCCUGUCGAUCCUGCGCAUCGAUCUGCUCUUCUUUCAAUGUUCAAGAACCCUGAAGUAAGCUCGCCACCUGCAAAUCAACCCGUCGAACUACCCGGAACCGCCGCUAGCGCUGCUCUUCUGAAGGGAAUCUCGACCGUCAAGGCUAGCAAUCAGGAUGUUCCCAGUCCCGUGUUCCGUGGGGUUCAGCCAGUUUCAAGUAGUCCUCUCAGCAGGCCACCUCAAAGCGCUUCGGAUCCUACACCCAAAGUCCCCUUCCAGUCUUUGUCACUCCAAUCUCAGCUGGGCAGACAUGAGCACAGAAGCCCUCAAUCUACUGGGGGUAACAGCCCGAGAACGAUGGAGAACAAAGUUCUCUAUCAUCAAGGCGCGAACAACACCUCCGCCAUUUACAAUAAUCAUUCGCCUCAGAUGCACCCCAAUCAGAUCCUUCAGCGAGCAGAGAGCAUGAGUAAACCAGUUGGGCCUCGUGCGCCUGCUAUGGCCUCGGUCUUCGGUGUUGACAAGCCAGCCAGUCUGGCCAGCCCACCCUCAGCGUCAGCUCUUCCGGCGCCCGUUGGGCUGCAGCAGAAAUCACAGAUGCCUCCAGAACAGAGGCAGAAGCUUCUGUCGCUUUUCGGCAAGCCUCAGUCGCCGAGCCCGGGGCUUGGCUUUGCACCUGAGGAUAAGGGAAAGGCCAGAGAGAUGACGGCUCCGGACGGGAGCAUACGAUCGCGGGUGGCGUCUCUGGCCUCUGCAAGCGGCCAGGGUGCUCCAGAAGGCCUACCAGAGUCCCGUCGCGGCAGCCAGACACCGAUUUCUCCUGCCGAUCGGAGCUUCUUGCUUGGCUAUCUAGCAUCAGUUGCGAAUAACGCUAAGUAG